ACACCCCUCUCACAACCCAAAGGGCAAGGGAAAGGGAGAAGGCUUCCAAGCACUGUCCCCUGCACAGAAAGGAAAAGAUCAGCAGCAGCCCUGGGAGAUGACAGCUGUGUCCAGAUAGCCAAGAGAGAUAAGCCUGAGGAAGACGUGGAGCUCAAGAAGGGCGAGAGCGUGCUCGCGUGCACGUGCCUGUGAGCUGCUCCUGGGGGCUGGCAGGAGCAGCCAUGGAGGAAACCUACCUUCUGAACGUGGAAGGGGUCAAAAAGAAGAUUCUGCAUGGAGGCCAUGGGGAGCUGCCAAAGUUGCAGGAUGGGAGCAAGUUCACCUUCCACUUCCAGACGCUGAAGGACAACUUUGAGCGGACGGUGAUCGAUGACAGCCGGGAAGCUGGAAUGCCCAUGGAGAUCAUCGUGGGCAAGAUGUUCAAGCUGGAGAUAUGGGAGACGCUGCUCAGCUCCAUGAGAAUUGGGGAGGUGGCAGAGUUCUGGUGCGACAUCAUUCACACAGGCAUGUAUGCCCUGGUCUCCAGGGGCAUGCGGAGGAUCACAGAGGGACGGGACCCCCUGGAAGGGCAGAAGCACCGCUGUGGCAUGGGCAACAUGUUUGACUACCACAGCACGGGCUAUGCUGACCUGGACGAGCUGCAGCGGACGCCGCAGCCCCUCAUCUUCAUCAUGGAGCUGUUCCGGGUGGAGGAGCCCUCAGCAUACAAGCGUGACACCUGGGCCAUGAACAAGGAGGAGAAGCUGGCAGCAGUGCCUGUGCUGCACAGCGAGGGCAAUCGCCUCGUCCUCCGCAGGGAGUUCGCGCAGGCAGCCGCCAAGUACCAGGAGGCUGUGAUCUGCCUGAGGAACCUCCAGGCCAAGGAGAAGCCAUGGGAGGAUGACUGGCUGAAGCUGGAGAGCCUGGUCACACCCCUGGUGCUCAACUACUGCCAGUGCCAGCUGGAGCUCGGCGAGUACUAUGAGGUGCUGGAGCACACAACGGAGCUUCUCCAGAAGCACAAUGACAAUGCCAAGGCCUAUUUCAAGCGGGCAAAGGCUCAUGCUGCAGUCUGGAACGAGCGGGAGGCACGGGAGGACUUUAUGCGCGUGGCUCACCUUGACCCCUCCAUGGCGGCCGCCGUGAAGAAGGAGCUGAAGCAGCUGGGGGAGAGGAUGAGGAAGAAGCACGUGGAGGAUCGGAAGCGCUACCAGGGGCUCUUCCAGUCGCCCCAGGGUCGGCGGGCCAGCAAGGGGAAGGAGAGCAGGGAGCAUGCCCAAAGCCAGCCUAACACCAACACCACUGCUACUGCCCUCCUGCUGCUCACCCGGCUGUGA